CAGUGGUCUGGUGCGCACCUGUGUGUGGCGCUCCCUGUGUCUGGCACCCGGCACGUUUUGGCACCCAUUACACCCGCCUGACACGUGUUGGUAUUGGUCAAACCCACCUGACACGUGUUGGCACUGGUCAAACCCACCUGACACGUGUUGGCACUGGUCAAACCCACCUGACACGUGUUGGCACUGGUCAAACCCACCUGACACGUGUUGGCAAUGGUCAAACCCACUUGACACGUGUUGGCACUGAUCAAACCCACUUGACACGUUCGCACUGAAUGCAUCCACUUGACACGUGUUGGCACUGGUCAAACCCACCUGACAAGUGUUGGCACUGGUCAAACCCACCUGACACGUGUUGGCACUGGUCAAACCCACCUGACACGUGUUGGCACUGGUCAAACCCACCUGACACGUGUUGGCACUCGCCACACCCACCUGACACGUGUUUAAACCCGCUGUACCAAACUGACACGUGUUGACACUGCAUCCUCCUGUCACGUGUUGGCACUGCAUCCUCCUGUCACGUGUUGGCACUGCAUCCUCCUGUCACGUGUUGGCACUGGUCAAACUCACUUGACGCGUGUUGGCACUGGUCAAACUCACUUGACACAUUGGCACUGGUCAAACUCACUUGACACGUGUUGGCACUGGUCAAACUCACUUGACACAUUGGCACUGGUCAAACUCACUUGACACGUGUUGACACUGGUCAAACUCACUUGACACAUUGGCACUGGUCAAACCCACUUGACACGUGUUGGCACUGGUCAAACCCACUUGACACGUGUUGGCACUGGUCAAACCCACUUGACACGUGUUGGCACUGGUCAAACCCACUUGACACGUGUUGGCACUGGUCAAACCCACUUAACGUGUUGACACUGCAUCCUCCUGUCACGUGUUGGCACUGGCCACGCCCACCUGUCACGUGCUUAGAUAUUGGCACUGCCACCGUCCACAACGCCGGUGGGUAAAGCAGUAACAACUUGUGCCCUCCAAUGUUAAGUGCCUCGACCUCCACUCCUGCUGCCCCGGGCACUCUAGUGAUCAUCCAGACUGUUGUAGCUGGCAUGACCCUCGUGUGGGAAGCAGCAGCGAGUGCCUCACCGCCCGUGUGAAGCCCCUGGAGCUGUGAGGCGCUGACCCCCGCCCCUGAGGGAGGAAGGGUCACGUUGAUCUCCGCAAUAACCAACAGGAAGUCGUCGAGGAACCCCGAACCAGGGUCGUGAUCCGGCGCACCGCCCCCCGGACGUGCCCCCAGGACGUGCCCCCAGGACGUGCCCCCCGGACGUGCCCCCAGGAUGCACCAGACGCCAGUGCCCACGGCUGUGUGGCAGCGCAGGACCAACAAGAUCAUCGCUGCAGGCAUCACCGUCAUCGGGCUGACCAUGAUGCUCUCGCUCAUACCUCAGUGCAUCUACAUCGGCAUCGCCUUCGUCACCUGCGCCCUCAUAUGGCUGGGAUGGAUGACGAUGAAGGAGAGGAAUAUGGAGCCUCCCAGACCUGAGAGUGAGCACCCAGCCUCCCCCGUCCUCUUCCUUGUGGCUUCCCAUCACCUCCACCAGACCUCAAGAGGUCCAACCUUGCCAGAUCCCGAAGAUAAACCUCCAACCUAUGACCAGAUUGUAAAACUCGAUGGACUUCCUCCAGACUAUUAUUCCAUCCUGACUGAGAAACCUCCUAGAUAUGAAGAGUUAAGUCCAACAUUGGGAUGGGGUGCAUGCGCAUUACCUGCAAAGUUUUACACAACUGAACAUCCUUGCGUUCACACAUCAACAGUUGGCUCGACUGGGUCCAUUGAGGUUGUUCUUCACGGAGAGUCUACGUCCUCAUUUCUUCACGAGUCUCCCUCGUGGUCAUCUCAAUCUGGUCUUUCACCUGCUAAUAAUGGUGUCCAAAGUCCAAGUUUUGCUAGUGACAACCCAAGUUUUCAACUUGUUUUAGAGGAUAUUGAUGCAAAGGAAAGCUUGUCAUUAGCAAUGUCCCAGGAAAAUGAUUCAACUCAAGAAGAGAGAAUAGAAAUGGAAAAAGAUGAUGAUAGCAAAGUUCCUACAGAUCAUAGUAGUGUUUAAGCUUUUUACCACAGUUUUAGUAAUAUUUUGCCCACAUUUGAAACUGCUGGCUAUGAAGCUGUCCUUUUGGACAAUAAAGACAUCAUAUCCAUACUGAAUUUUGUUCAGUAUGAAAUAUGGGGGAGGGGGGGUUCUCUUGUUAUUUGUUUGACUAUUCUUGAUAUACAAUACUCUGAUUCAGCCCAGAGUGGAAAUCUAGAAUGGUGCUUCUAAUACGCUUACAUGCCUGUAAAGUUAAUCUUACAUAUGGUGCGUUUUAUUGUCAUGUUGACAAGUGAUGCUGAUACGUCCAGAACUGUUACUUAUGUUAAAUGUCGGUAAGUUCAGUCAGUUUGUUACUUAUGUUAAAAAUAUGUGAUCAUAUUUUUCACUUUUCUGAUGACUAAGGGUUUGAGAAAUGCUGACAGUGGCAUUAUUUGUUCGGUAAGGGUAGACUGGCAUCGUACAAUAAUGUGUAGAUUAUUUAUGAAGAAUGGACAAUGCCAAUGGUGUGUGGAGAGAGGUGGAGUGCCUGCAGGUGCCAAGGCUGCUAAACCUACUUACUCAGGUACUGCAGAUUCUUUCACAAGAUGUUGUUCAGAUACAUUUUGUAUUAUGUAAUAUGCUUUGACUUGAAUUCCCCAGUUGUAGAGGUACUUAUACAGAAGAAAAUACAUUUUUCUGACUUCUUACUGCAGCAUGACGAGUAUAAUAUUUAUACUCGUGAUGAAUAUAUGUACACACAAUUUGUGUGGUAUUUCUUGUACUGUAUUCUUUCUGAAAGUAAUCUAAAUUUGUUAAAAAUUAAGUUACUGGUUCCCAGCAAGAGGGAAUUGCCUUCACUUUUAAGGUAGAAUUUGUAUCACAUAUAUAGUACAUUUAGUACUAUGAAUGCACAAGAGCAUCUUUUGCUUUUUUUUUCAUCUCUAGAAGCUAAAGUAAAUUGAUCUUCAAUUUUUAGGCAAAAAGUUAGGAUUUAAGGCACUCAUUUCCUAGCUCAAGCUGCUGUACCUAGUGACAGCACGUCACAGAUUCUGCAGUAUGGUGCUGUACCUAGUGACAGCACAACUCAUAUUCUGCAGUACAGUGCUGUACCUAGUGACAGCACAGCUCAUAUUCUGCAGUACAGUGCUGUACCUAGUGACAGCACAACUCAUAUUCUGCAGUACAGUGCUGUACCUAGUGACAGCACAGCUCAUAUUCUGCAGUACGGUGCUGUACCUAGUGACAGCACAGCUCAUAUUCUGCAGUACGGUGCUGUACCUAGUGACAGCACAGCUCAUAUUCUGCAGUACGGUGCUGUACCUAGUGACAGCACAGCUCAUAUUCUGCAGUACGGUGCUGUACCUAGUGACAGCACGGCUCAUAUUCUGAAGUGCGAUGCUGUACCUAGUGACAGCACAGCUCGUAUUCUGCAGUAAAUUAUGCUGGUCAACACCCCUAACCAGUGUAAUCAUAAUCCACAGAGAGGCUCUAACAUUCUCUUAAAAAAUGAUUUAAUCCAAACCCCUGAGCUAUUGUAGUAUUUUAUAGCUGUAAGUAGCCAUCGCUAGACUUAUAUCUGCAUUAUCUAUUUAUCUUGCCCUGUGUUUUUCUCAACACAACCAAACCAAAGAUUCCAUAACAUGUCUUCAGUUGGAUUUAUUCUUUAAGGUUAACUAGAAUGUACGGAAUGUCGUAAGAUGUUGAUUGUGCACGUUAAUUGAUUUUUGAUUGAUUGCUAGUCUUAAGGGCUAGCAAAUUCAAAAUUUAGUAAGAGGAAGCUAAAUCUUAUGAUUUCAGUGUUGGAUGCAAUAAGUGAAUUCUGUAUAACAUGAAACCCCUUCAAUGAGCAUGUGUAUGUGUGGUCCUACCAUUUCUUGUGUACUUACAUGUGAUAUGGCAUAUUUUUAUAGGUCCUUUAUACAUUAAAAAUACAUAAAUUAAAA